GAGAGUCAGAAUUCCCCGCCGCGCAGGGCGGCGGCUGCAUGGCGCGGGUGGGCGUGUAGAGCUGGGCUGCGUAGGCUUGAGGGUCUGAUCGGCCUGCGCUGCGCUGGUGAGAGGCUGUCCCUCGGAUCUGUGGCGCCGGGUCGCCAUGGAGAGCAGGUGCUACGGCUGUGCUGUCAAGUUCACCCUCUUCAAGAAGGAGUACGGCUGUAAGAACUGCGGUCGGGCCUUCUGUAAUGGCUGUCUUAGCUUCAACGCUCUGGUACCUCGGGCUGGCAACACUCAACAGAAAGUCUGCAAGCAGUGCCACGCAGUCCUGACCAGAGGAUCUUCUGACAAUACCUCCAAGUGGUCGCCACCUCAGAACUACAAGAAGCGUGUGGCAGCCUUGGAAGCCAAGAAAAAGCCCAGCACUCUCCAGAGCCAGGGCCUAACGCCACAAGACCAAGCCAUCGCUGACCGCCUGGCGCGGCUCCGUCAGGAAAACAAGCCCAAGUCGGUGCCCUCCCAGGCGGAGAUAGAGGCGCGACUAGCCGCACUGAAGGGUGAAGUCCAGGGCUCCGUCCCUUCCACGGAGGAGAUGGAGAACCGGCUUGCAGCAUUACAGGGCAGAGCGUUACCUUCUCACGCCGUGAGACCGGCACACCAGGCACCAGACACCAGGACCCAGGCUCAGCAGACACAGGAUCUGCUCACACAGCUGGCAGCUGAGGUGGCUAUUGAUGAAGGCCGGGAACGAAGAGGCCCAGUGGCCUCCCCCCAGAAUGACCUCAACAAGGGAGGUGGAAGGAACCAGCACACAGAUUCCCAGGGGUGGGCCAGCCCAAACCUGGAGAAGGAGAAGAGCAGGUUGCUGGCCGAGGCGGCGGUUGAGCUACGGGAGGAGAACACGAGGCAGGAACGGUUCCUGGCUCUCGCCAAAAGAUUGGCUGUCCUUCAGGGACAGGACCCCGACAGAGUGACCCUCCAGGACUAUCACCUGCCAGACAGUGAGGAGGAGGAGGACGAAGAGACGGCCAUCCAGAGAGUCCUGAAGCAGCUCACUGAAGAAGCUGCCCUGGAUGAGGCAAGUGGCUUUAACAUCCCCGUGGAAGCAGCUCCCCGACCCCGACCCCGGGCCCAACCCAGCAGGGCAGAGACUGAGACCCAGUCCCUGCCUCCUGGGCCCCAGGCUGAGGAAGAAGAGCUCCCCUGGUGCUGUAUCUGCAAUGAGGAUGCUACCCUGCGCUGUGCUGGCUGCGAUGGAGACCUCUACUGUGCCCGCUGCUUCCGGGAGGGCCACGAUAACUUUGAUCUUAAAGAGCAUCAGACUUCUGCAUACCGCCCCCGAACUGCUGGCCGAGAACACUGAGGAAAACCCUGAUGACCUCCUGAGGUGGCAAUGCCAUGGCAGCCAGCGGGCUGGCAUGGCCACCUGGGCCUAGUCUCGGCAUCCAGUGGGAGAGCAGAUUUGGCUCUACGGAUGGUAAACACAUCUCUUUUGAGCUUCACGGUCCUUGUAAGGAAGAAAAAGUCCAUUGAAGAUAAUGACUCGCCGGGCGGUGGUGGUGCAGGCCUUUAAUCCCAGCACUCAGGAAGCAGAGGCAGGCGGAUCUCUGUGAGUUCGAGGCCAGCCUGGUCUCCAAAGCGAGUUCCAGGAAAGGCGCAAAGCUACACAGAGAAACCCUGUCUCGAAAAAACAAAAAAAAAAAAAAAAAAAAUGACUCUUAGAGGAGCCAGAGGAAAGGAAGAGUAAGGGCCUUCCUCCUAGAGGCUGGCCUGAAACUGAGAGGCAGAUGGGGAAGAGCAGACUGAACCUAAGGAGGAGCCCGGAAACCUGGUUCCAGGGCCCAGCCCUGGCCUUUAGUGGAUCUAAUAAAAAUAAGUUGUUCAGUCA